AUGAACUCGCUCAACGCGCUCGGAAACAGGCAGGUCGCAAGUCUUCAAGCAGACUUGGGACGCAUGGAAGCAGGCGAGGGCGGGCCCAACGUGCAAGGCCAGAUCACCACCACGCUCGCCGCGCUCUCGCGCUUGAUAGAUGACUAUGACUCGAUGGCGCGCAAGGAGAUGCAGACGGCGACGCGCGAGAAGGCAAACACCCGUGUUGCCAAGCUGAAGAACGAACACAAGGAGCUGAAGGCGCGAUUCGAGCGGGCAAAGUCAGAACGGGAUAACAAGGCGCGCAAUGAGCUACUAGGAACAGCGAGCGGCGUCGCGUCAGGACCAGCGGGCAUGGCGAUGCGGCGCGGGCAAGCCAACCACACACCUGAUCUCGCCGAGUCGCCGUUCGCGCCUCGAGAGGCUGAUCUCUUCCGGCCCAACAACGAGCGGGAAGAGUACGCGUUGCGCGAACACAGCUUUAUUCGCGAGAGCGAGAGUCUUAUCGACGGGUACAUUGCGCAAGGACAGGCAGUGCUCGGCAAUCUCGUCGAGCAGCGUGGCAUGCUCAAGGGCGCCAAGACGCGCCUCCUUGACACGGCCAACACUCUGGGAUUGAGCCGCGAGACUAUCUCGUGGGUCGAGCGCCGCACCAAGCAGGACGCAUACAUCUUCUUCGGCGGAGCAGGGUUUACCCUCCUCUCGUUCUGGGCGAUUUGGCACUAUCUCGGCUAGAAUGUACGACACCAACUAUAAUUGUCGCUAGAUGACAUGCCUGUACCUAUGACCGCGUGAUGUGUCUACUGACGGCAGUCUGUGACUAAAACUUGCGGAGCUAUGCUCAGCUUGUGGCAUGUCUACCCACUCACAUAGGCUUUAAGGUGGGCG